UAGUCAUUCUGCUCCCGGUCACCGACGCGUGCGGAUGCAGGAUGGUUGGCUCCGAGCGAGCUGCGACAGCGGUCGUCAACGGCCGUGGUAGCCCGUCGUUUUCCGUGCCCAAGGACUACAGGAUUAUUUUGCCCAACGUUUCAUCAGGUGAAGCUAUGAAGCGUGCAGUCAUGCUGCACUGCGACAUCUCAGGUCGUCCAUACCGCAUCGAAGACUUUCGAAAGCCCUUACAAGACGCCGGCGUCAUCAAGGACGUUGCUGUAAUAGGUGCCUACCAGAUGUCCCACGUCUGGCUCGUUAACCUGCGGACGGAUGAAGCGAAAAAGAAGCUUAUAGAUGCAGGAAGGUUGGUCGUCAAGGAUCGUCUUUGCAUCGUCAUCGACCCCAACAGGCAAGAGGUGCGUCUGAAGUUGCAUUGGGUGGCUUUGGAUGUCACGAGCGAUAACAUUCGGAGGGCAUUCAGUGAAUACGGCGAAGUGAAGGAAGUGACCAAUGACAGGUGGAAAGCGGAGGGCUUCGAAAGUGCCGACUCUCUGACAAAGUUUGUGCGAUUGCUUUUGAAAGAGGGUAUCGCACUGGACAACAUACCGCACCAGAUGCGCCUGGGCAGCGGUACAGUGCUCAUUGUGGCGCCAGGACGAGCCCCUCUUUGCCUUCGUUGCAAGCACACGGGUCAUAUACGGCGUGAUUGCAGGGUACCGAAGUGCGCCGAAUGUCAUGCGUUUGGCCAUGGACAGGAGGCAUGUACUCGCAGCUACGCCAAAGCCGUGGGCAGAUCUACGGUUGUAGACCAAAGCGAGCUUGUCAUGGACGAGGAAGAGGCAGAGCAAGCUGCGGCGCCUGCGACAGCCGACAAGAGCGGAACCGAUCAGGGAGCUGACAAAGAAGUCCGCGUCUCGGGGCUGCAGACGCCGGCCACGAUGGUGUCCAGCGUCGGUGAGCACCAAGAGACUGCUACAACGAACGCGGUUGGCGUUGGUCCGGUGCUCCAGGAUGAGGGCCCCACGGGAGAGUCCUCGGACGCGACCAGCGUCUCUCAAACGCAGCAGGCAGCAAGCAUAAAGCCAGCGGUCGACGAAAGUGCUCUGGGAAAUAUAAACGCGGAGACAACCCCGGCAAAGCGUCGCCAUGACGACGUGAGUGCGGUGUCGCAGGAGCAGCGUCUGAGGCAGGUCGAAGCUUCGCUGGAAGCGAAUGGGGUGAAGAAGAAACCUCGCAGCGCCGUUCGGACGCGCGCGUCGUCCCUGACAAGGGGCGGCAAGGAGGUGAACUCUUAG